AUGGCAACAGACGGAACUUCUGCCUCCAAAUCGAUCAACGAUAUGUUGAACGAUGUCCGCAAGGCCGCAGCUCAGGUCAAAGAUACCAAGGCCAAGGGCGAGGAUGUCAACGAGGCCGAGGCAAGGCUGGACGAAGCUGUAAACACGCUUUCUCGAGAGCGAGAUGCGCUGUCAACACCCGAACAUCCGCCACCAGAAACCAGACCGGAAUUAAGUGACGAUCAACUCGAGUGGCUGAAGAGGGUCAGGAGGUUGGUUGAGAGAGAGAAGAGGAACACCACUGAACCUCGAGAACAAGCUUUGCUCGAGGAGGUCAUGAAGGCUCCCAGCUACUUCAAGGCGAAGAAGGAGGGUUAA